CGUUGACCUUGAAGCCAAUCACAAAACUUGGUGACCUUGUCCCAGCCAGUAUGUUAUACUUAAGAGAUGAUUACUUGAUUUAUAUGUUAAGCUGCGGACCGUCAAGACCACAUCCUUGUCCCGAACUCACUUCCAUACGUCGAUUAUAAGAGGCAUUUUAAUUAGUGUAAGGAAUUAGGUUUACGACUUGGAAUUUUCAUCAGGUGGCGUCAGUUAUGAUGCCAGAAUGCUGUUUGAUUAUAUGCUUCUGUACUGAGCAACGAGAAUUUAUCUUGAAUUCUUUUGGAUCGUUCAUAAAUUAAUCCCAUUUGUGAUACUUUGUCUUCUUCGUAAAUUUUUCGGACAUUAUCUAGGUCCUAAUGAAUUAUCAGAAGUUUUGCGGUCUUCUGUAUUUUCGAUAUCUUCGUUCGAAAUCAAAAGCACUCUUCGGAAAACGUCUCAUCACCCAAGCGGCUAUGACACCUGGAAAGCUUGAUACUCCUGACCAUGGAAAAAAUCAAAAGAAUAUGGUUGCAAAUCCAGAUAUGUCCGAACAUUUUCCAGAUGAUGUAAAUCCUGAAAGCGGAGAAAGGGGAGGACCUCGUGGCCCCGAGCCAACGCGAUAUGGUGACUGGGAACGCAAAGGACGUUGCAUUGACUUUUAGUAAUAGUGAAAUGUGUCCACACCAAUGUUCAUAGUAAUCUCCCCCACGAAAUAUAUUUUGACCAAAUAAAUGUUUGUCACAAUCUUUA